AUGUUCGUCAGCCUGCUUGCGCGAGGGAUUGAUUUAGCAGGCUGGGGUAAGAUGCGUGCAGCAUCACUGGUCAAGAAGCCGGGUUACGGCAUUGCGGUGUCGCGUGCUCUCUUUCCCGAUUGCUCUUUCGCCAUCUGCAUUCACGAUUUUGUGUUUAUUUCGCGAUUCGGGUUCUUUUUCUUGACAUCCAACAGUUUGCUGCUCUGGGCUGAGGCUGUAAGAGUGUCUCUCUCUCCUCUUUCCGUCUUACUGUGCUCCGGGUUGGCCCCUUCUUCGAAUUCAUUGGAGAAACGUGCAAGGCCUUCCCCUCCUGUGGUGUGA